GUUACAACAGGCUCAAACUGACUGCCCACACGGGUGCACUUUGCGAGUGGAGUACUCUAAUUUCUUCUGCUUACUCUUAGAUGAUGCUGAUCUUGAAGCUGUGAGCCAUAGACAAUGUGUAUACUGCUUAUAACCAACGCGCAUCCUCAGUUCCCCUUCAUACUGUGUUCCAAUAGGGACGAGUUUUUAGCCAGGCCUACGCACACAGCGCACCAGCAUGUGUACAACGGCAUGGCGGUCUUCUCGCCUCAGGACCUUGCUCGUGUGGAUCACGGCACAUGGAUAGCGUUGAAUCCACAAACCGGCCAGCUGGCCGUUCUGGUGAAUUACAGAGAGGGCCCUAAGCUCACGGUCAACCCUGUGUCUAGAGGAGUUCUUCCUUUGGAGUACGUGACCAGUUUGAAGAGGUCGAGGUGUGGGUUCUUGAACGAGCUGAGGGCAAAGUUCGGCAGCGACGUACUUGAGGAUAUUGGCGGGUUUAGCCUGAUGUUUGGUACGAUAGGCGGGUCGUUUGACGUUGUGAGUAACAAGACAGCUGAUGAUUUCAAGGUGUUCGUGGAGCCUGGCGAAGUUCAUGGCUUGAGCAAUUCCAAGUUUGACCAGCCAUGGGAGAAAGUUAACAUUGGAGAGCACAAGUUACGAGAGGUGUUGGACAUGGGGAUAACGAACAAGGACGAGCUGGUUGAAGAACUGUUCAAAGUGUUAAGUCUUGAUACGAUGAGAAACAUCACCAACGAUUACGAGGCAAACUACCGCAACAUUGAAAACAGCAUUUUCAUCCCUCCUCUACUUGUGAGGGACUACACCAGAGGGAACGUACUGGCUGGGAAGUACUACGGGACGAGAACCCAAACCGUCAUAUUGCAGGAUUUGAAAGGCUCAAUAACCUAUAUUGAAAGGAAUCUCCACUCCAGCGAUGAUCUCGAAGAAAAGCCACAACAACGCUCAUUUGAAUUCACAAUCCCAAACGUUACGAAGUCCUAUUUCCACUAAUCACAAGAGGAGCUCUAGCUUCCCAAUAGUGACUCGUGCAAACUCCAUACUCUUUGAAACGCAGAAACUAUGCGUGUAUUCCUCUGUCAUCAAUACAUCAACAUCUAUGCCCUCUGUCUCCGUGAACAUCUGCACCAAUCUAUCGCGUGUAGAGUCCUUGAUCCAGUGAUCUCCCUCAGUGAACACACACCAUAUAUCUCCACUUGUCUGCACAAACCACUGCGAUUGGUAUCCCCAAAGGUCACGGAUCGUACCCAUCUCCUCUGUUGCCAACCCCAGAGCCUGCCUUAUGAACCCAGGGCUUGUCACCAACAGAUUGGUACACUGGAUACUGUCCUCAUUCCCAUCUUUAAGGACGGUAUGUAGUAGGGAGGUCAUCCAUCUAGUUGGAAUGUACUGUGUCAAAU